AUGAACUGGAGACAUAACUAUUGCAAAGUUUUCUCUCUGUUUAUAAGAAAUAAACAGUUUUGUUUUAUUUUUAUAUCUUUUUAACAAUGAUAUUGAAGGAGGUAGAUUAUUUUUGACCUUCGCUGCUUUUCAUCUUCCUCAUGUUUACCUCCUCCAUCAACACUUGAGAACUAUCAACAAUUUUAUUGUAAAAAAAAUACCAAAUUUCUCUGCGACAGAUAGUUUAUAGACUGUUGAGGUGUUAGACGAGGAUGAUAGGAGGGUUGUGAAGUAAUUGUCGGCCAGUAAGAUGGAUUCCCUGAUUAUAGUGGAGGAGAAUAGUGUGUGUAGUGUGUUAGAGAGUGAUGGCCAGGUUGAUCCACUGGAUGUAACUACUGCUACUUCUCCUCCUACUGCUUCUCCUCCUGCUGCUUCUCCUCCUGCUGCUGCUUUAUCCAAAGAUGAUGUAGAACCUGUGCUACCUGAGGAGGAUACCAUGGAAGAUAAUACUACCGCUUCUGACACGGACUGUGUCAUUGUGGAUGACGUGCCAGUCUAUGUCUCACAACUACAAGAUGGAUCACCUUUCUACAUACGUCAGCAUCCUCCCACACUGGAAGAAAUGUUGAGGAGUCCUGAUGACUCUAGUUCCAGCUUUGAUGGGUUUUCUGAGGCCAGUGGUAGUACCUUUGAGGGAUUUUCAGAAUCAAGUUGUAGUAGUAGUGUUACUUUCGAGGGAUUUUUGGAUGCAAAUGAUGAUAGCAUUGUUGUCAGGGAUGACUUAAUUGAAAGUUCAGUCAAGGAAAGUUUUGAGGAAUGUUUGCAGAGUGAGAGAUUGAUAAGAGCUGAUUCAAGUGAGAAACAUAGAAAGUCUUUAUCACGUAGGGGUAAGCAGGCAACUAAGAAUUUAAAGAAAACACUUACAUCUCUACGAGGACGAAGGAGAGUUGGAAAUUCAAGCACUGAUUUAAAAAAAAAAAGUUUUAAUAUCAAUACAGACAGUUCGUUGUCGAUAACUCCAAAGUGUCGGAGUUCUUGUGAAGUAACAUUGCCAAAGAAGCGCCUAUGCCAAAGUGAAUCCCAAGAAAUACUUGUUAAAAAUGUAAAAUAUCAAACAAAGUCUAAGCUAGACAACGUAGAAAUAUCUGCUUGGAAAACCAAAGACACUGUUGACAAGAAUGUGAGUGAUAGCCACACAGAUUCUGUGUUUCCCAGGAAGAUGACGAGAAGCUGCAUGAAAAUGAUAGAGGAGGAGAUGAAAUUACCAUCCAUAGAUCAAAUAAAUGCUAUUGACAAGCAGGACUUUAUAGGAGAGCUAUGCAGUAGAGUUGGCUGCACCAUUAGUUUCUUGGAAAGUAUGAAGCUAAAGCGUGUUCCUAUUAAUAAUGGCAUUGUUUAUGAGUUGGAUGAAUUUGCUAAGAGAAUUUCAUGGCAACGAAUUGAUGUUGCUCUGUGGCUUCAACGAUUAAGUGGCAUUGAAGAUGGUGAACCAACAGCUGAAGAUUUGAAUAAAAUUCAUCUGGUUCUCAAGCGAAGGAAGGCUCUUGCAGUAACAUUUUCUGGAAAAAAAAGGGCUAAUGUUAGGCUAAGAGCUUUUGAUCUAAUGGAGUUUGUUUUGCCAUCAUUGUUAAAAAAAGAUGUUAAUGAGGAAUCAAUUUUUGUUAAGGAAGAAAUUGAGAUUGAGGACAGCCAGCCAUGUAGUGUCAGUCCCCACAUUUCACCUCUGUUAUUCGAAAAGAGUAGUUCACUAAGAAAACAUAAAGUAGCAGAGUUUCAGAAAUGUGAGCACGAAAAUGCUGCAGCUGAUGGGAUUGAAAAGGAAAAAAAACUUGAUUUAGCUGAUUUUUCGUUACCUGUAAAAGAAGACGUUAUAUGUUUUGAAGAGCCUGUAAUACAAAGCAACCAGAUUUCAAGAUCUGAAUGUAAGUUAGUGGAAGAAAAUAAAUGUGAAAUCAUACCAGUAAAACUGGAGGGAAUUCAAAGUGUGUCUACUGAAACUAAUAAUCCUGUUGGGACAAUUGGUGUGAGUAAAAGUGGAAGACUUCGAAAGCUUAGUGCUAGAGGAAUUGAGUCUAUUGAGAUUAAGAGUCUUUUUAUGCCUACUAGCACUCCAUCUGUUCAGCCACCAAGUUACAGCCAAAUGAAUUUACAUGAAAAGAGAAAGAAUUUGGAAAGUGUAGAAAAUAAAAAUGUGCAUGUUAAUUAUGGGGAAUGCCAAACAAAGCCAUCAUCUAAUAUUUCUGCACCAUUUCCAAAAUCUACAGGUGAACUUACAUGCAGAAAAUAUAAAAAAUUUCUAUUUAUUGAUAAUUCAUUAAUUUCUUUUACUUUUACUAAUGGCCAUUUGGUUCCCAAGUUUAAGGAGGUUGACUACUAUCUUGGAGACUAUUGUUGUGAGGCUGGAGUGACUGUUGAUGAUAUAAAUUCAGAUGGUCAGAAGGAUGUUGAUAUAACUAUUGGAAUGGUGAAAGAACUCCAUGAUUUCUAUGUGUCAAGGGGUGCUACCAAAACAUCCUUGGCACUCAGAUUAUUCCAAAUGUCUGGAUUAGAAAUAAAAGAUUAUACACAUAUUUUAUCUGCGGUGUUAUCAGUAAGCAAAGCAGCCAAGACAAACAGUUUAGAUUUCAGUACUUUGCAGAAAGAAUUUAAAUUUCCUAAAAGAUUCUGUGGAAUUCAAAGUGAAGGAUAUGAACUUCCGAAGAAAAGAAAGGCUGCUAUAAAUGCAUUUCUGAAGAACACAAAGAAAAAGAAACAUCUGUCACACAAACAAAACUUAAAAAAAGUGAAGAAUGUAACCGACAAAAGAAAAAAGGGCAACCGUACUUAUGCAAAAAAAAUAGUCUCCCAGGCACCAUCAGUUGACAUUAAAGAAAACACAUCUGCUUUUGGUAAUGAACUUGUAAAGACGAAGGGAAAGGAAGGCUCCAUCACCCGAGGAGACAUUGUUUGUCUAUAUUCUCAGUGGCUUAAAAACAAAAUGGCAGUGGGUAGUAAUGUGUUUGUUACUGAUCUUUUAAAAGCUGUUGAAAAGCUGAUGACAGAGAGGAAGGUACAGUCUAUUCGCAUUCCAGCUGGAACUCUAAUGUCGUCUUCUGUCAGACUUCAUGAUGAAUAUAAACAAAUGCUUGCUGUUAGCAAAGAGGAUGCUGUAAUGUACUUGGAAGAAGAUUGGCUGGAAGACAUCCAGUAUUUAGUCUCUCUCUUGGGACCUUCUCGACGAAGUACAAUAGAAGGAGAUAAUGCUGAAAACAGCAGAGACAAAACAGAUGUUAGCAACUCUGCUCAGCCAGAGAAUGCAAGUGUGAGUGAUUCAGAGUACAGUGAAAAAAGCCUGGUUAUAGAUGAGUCUGUAAUUUCUGAUGAUUCAUUUACACUUGAGAAAUCCAAACCAGAUAGUAAAAAACACUCUGAAAAUGGACAGACUACAUGUAAAAAAUUUUCUAAAGACAAAAAAUUGCCUUCUGGAAUUUCUCAGACUUCUCAGGAUGUAAAAGAUGCAGACAAGUGUACUGUAAGCAGAUUAGCAGCAUCUGAAAGGACACCGAGAAGUGGUGCAAUAAGUCGUCCUCCAAGCUGUUAUAUGGAGAGUGUUGGUAAAAGGUCAGGUUCAGGCAACUUAGCAGUAUCGGAAGGGACACCAGGAAGUGAUGCAAUAAGUCGUCCUCCAAGCUGUUACAUGGAGAGUGUUGGUAAAAGGUCAGUUUCAAGGAAGAGGAGCAUUGGGUUAUCUCUGGAUGAAUAUGAAUCUGAUGAGUUCUCAGAUUUUAUAGAGGAGAGUUCUAGGAAGCAGAGAUGUAAACGAAGGGUUGAAUUAAGGAGAAACAUUUUAAAUAAUGCUCAGGUGAAGAAACGUAAUUUGCUUUGCUCUGGAGAAGAUUUUGAAGUUGAAAAGAUUCUUGAUUUUCAGGAAGUGCACAAGGACGGUGGCAAAGGUUAUAGAUACUUAGUCAAGUGGUUGGGUUUUAGAUCAGAGGAUGCUAGUUGGGUAGAUGAAGCAGACUUACAGUGCCCUGAAGUGUUAAAUAAGUACUGGGAAACUGUUAGGAGAAAGAACCCAGGCAGAUUCUCAAGAAAUGCAAAAUCUUUAAGAGCUUCUCCUCGAGGUACUCUUGCUCAGACCAAGUCCCUUGGAGCAUUGGAAGGAGAUGGGGGUAAGACUAAUCCAGUUCUUGGCAUGGAAGGACCAGAUAAAGAAAAUGAGGGAAAUAUUAUUGAGGCUUUGGUGCACCAAGCUUCACUAGAGAAUUGUUCCAAUACAAAGCUUCUAGAACAGCCUGAAGGAUCUGUCACAACACGUGAUGUACUGGAUUUGUAUGACACUUGGCGGCAAGAAAAUCAGAAUCUUUUAGUGGCUGGAGGCUCUAACACUGUUAAUCUUGAGACACUCAUGAGUCGUGUUAAGAACUUGAUGAUAUCCAGAAAGGUAAAAAAAUUUCAUCCUGAGUCUCUUCUUAAUGCCUGUUUUAUGAUGACAUUGAUGAGAACAUCAUUGAAAAGUGAAAAAGCUUUAAAUAAAUUUCUGGAAAGCAACUGCUCUGAGGUUCUUGAAGCAAGUUAUAAGCAGUAUCUCAUAAAACAGCAGAAAGACAAUAACAAUGGAGAAGUGCCUGCAAGAAAAGAUUACACUAAUAAAAAUAUUAGUCUUUCAGUUCUUCAGAAUGACUUAAAGAGGAUGCACCAAGAAUAUUCGGCAGCCAUCGGGUUAAGAUCAACAAACCGCAAUGUUCUUGGAGUAAUGGAGGAAGAAUUUAAUUGUCUUGAGAAUAUCUUGAAGGCUUCUCUAGAUGGUAAAGCUAAUGUAGCAGUUCUUUUGCAGCAUAAGUUAGAGACGUUGAAGAGAGACUUGCACAGCUUAGAAAAUAGUGAGGGGUCAAACUCGGCUGUAUCAAAUAUAAGAAGAAGCACGCGCAGUAAAACUGUUGAAGACUCCAAAUGUUCAAUUACUCUUACUGAAACAAAUUCUGAUAAAAUUAGGGACAGCAUUUUGAAAGCUGGCAAAGAGCUUAUUAAAUGCGGAGUACCUCGUCAAAAACUUGACAGUGUGAUUGAACUCGUAGUAAACAAGGUUGGAGGACGGAGACUUAGAGCUCAGCCUGCUGGAGCUCGCAGCAUUUCUGAAGUAGUUGGACUUAUGCACAAAUGAUUGUGAUUAUAU